CCAGGUUAAAGGCUCAUGUGGCCCAUCCCCUUAUCGCUCCAACCUCCGCUUGCCGGGACAAACGAAACUCUGCUCUGAGCUUUUGCCAUAGAAAUCAGAUACCAACAGCUCAAAGAUCUACAGAGACGGCGCGUGAUAAUGUCGUCUGGCAUGAAAAUCAUAGAAGAGCAGCAGAAACCGAUUGAGAAGCUGCAGAUUUAUCCAACAUCUAAUUCUGGUGUUUCCCCUUUUUGGCGAGAGAAGUAUGAAAGAGAUGCUAAAAAGUAUUGGGAUAUAUUUUAUAAGCAUCAUGGAGACAGAUUUUUCAAAGACCGGCACUAUUUGGACAAGGAAUGGAAUAGCUAUUUUUCCGCUAGUGGAAAAAAGGUCAUUCUUGAGGUUGGCUGUGGAGCUGGAAACACCAUCUUUCCGUUGAUUGCCACAUAUCCACACAUUUUCGUUUAUGCGUGUGAUUUUUCACCACGCGCCAUUGACUUGGUCAAGAUAUUUGUUUUAUCUGCUGUAUCUCCGGAGAAGAUGCCCUUAGUAUUGGAGAACAUUAGGAAAGUACUGAAGCCAAAUGGGUGUAUACUUUUCCGAGACUAUGCUGUCGGUGAUCUUGCUCAGGAAAGGUUUUCUGGGAAGGAUCAGAAGAUCAGCGAGAACUUUUAUGUCAGAGGUGAUGGCACUCGUGCAUUCUACUUUUCAAAUGAAUUCCUAGAAUUUUUGCUUUCUGAACAAGGUUUUGAAGUUGAGGAGCUUGGUGUUUGCUGCAAACAAGUUGAGAAUCGUUCACGCGAACUGGUCAUGAAUCGUCGCUGGGUCCAAGCUACAUUUCGUCGAUCAAGCGGCAACAAAAUACCUUGUGAUCGGAUGAAUCCUGUGAAACUAGACCGAUCUGAAGAACAGAAUAACGUUAAGCCUAAAUCUGAGGAGCAAGAAAGAAAAGAGAUUGUCGAUAAUACUGAAAUUGACAUAUCCGAUGGUCUGGCUAUAGAAAUGUUCGGAGCCUCCCCAUCAAGUCAUGAGAUAAGUGUGGUUAAGCUUAGGGAUUCUGCUUACAAAAUCAAACUUUUGUCCAAAGAGUAUCAACAUACAUGCAAAUCUACGGGAUUGAUGCUCUGGGAGUCUGCUCGGCUUAUGGCUUCUGUUAUUGACAGGAACCAAAACAUUGUUUCUGGAAAACGGGUGUUGGAAUUGGGUUGUGGCUGCACUGGAAUUUGCUCGAUGGUAGCUGCCAGAUCAGCUAACCUUGUGGUAGCUACCGAUGCAGACACAAAGGCACUCACUCUAUUAACAGAGAACAUCACAAUGAAUCUCGAAUCUUCUUUACAUGGAAAACUGAAAACAGGUGUACUUGAAUGGGGUAACAAAGAGCAUAUAGAAGGCAUUACAGGUUUGGCUUGUGGAGGAUUUGAAGUUAUCAUUGGGACAGAUGUUACCUAUGUACCUGAAGCCAUUAUACCUUUGUUUCAAACCGCAAAAGAGUUGAUCUUGCGGGGUAGGGGAGACUCAGAGGUUCAAGAAAAGCCGGCAUUGAUUCUAUGCCAUGUUUUCAGAAGGGUUGAUGAACCUUCUCUCUUGUCAGCUGCAUCUAUGUUUGGAUUUAAGCUUGCAGACAGAUGGGCUGUGAAUUCCAGAGAAUCUCCUAUUGGGAACAUCGUUGACCAUUGGUUUUCCGAAAAGGAUAUGGUCGCGGAAAUCCCUAGUUCGGCUUUGCAUAUUCUUUACUUUCAGAUGGAGUAACUUAGGGGAUGGAGGAGCAAAUGUGGAUUAGAUGGUAACUUUUGUGAUUAUAUUUGAAUCCUCAAUCAAUGAAUGUUCUACAUGUUUGAUUAAUCAGUGGAUUGGGUUUGGGUAUCUUUCUUCCAAUCUUGUAAGCAUAUGGUGUAUUUUAGCACUGCAUGUUUUUUUCGGUUUUUUCAGGCGAUCUAAGUGAUCGUAGUCAUUUGAACAUAAAGAAAAUCAACCCAGAAAGAAAAACUUCUUGCGCCCUUUUAA